AUGGGGCCAGAGGGACUGACCCCUGGUGGCGACACGCAAGGUGACUGCUGUGUCGUGAAGUUUGAUUGUGGGGAGGUGGCCCGCAGGGAAUUUGGCAGUAGCGGAGGUGGGGGGGAUUGUGGUUUUGAGAAGGUGGCCGUUACAGCUGGAGAAAAAGCUGCUUGGAUUUCCUGGCGGCUGUUUCUUGAUGGCCAUCGAGUGAGGCCAGGGAAGGCUUUUGAAGCGGCCGGCCGUCGGAAGGAGACGCGCGCCCUUGCCUGCUUGAUAUUACCGCAAGCGGGCCAUCGUGUGAACCAGGGAGCUGCAGGCGGGGUGAAAGGUGGCUGUUCUUUGCUUUUACAGGGGGCGAUGAAGGUCCAAGGAGGCUGGCUCAGGAUGGCUGUUGUAGAAGUAGUCAGCAGUGUUUCGGGCUCGUACACUCGCAGCGUGCUGUGGCAGAGCAGUGAAGCCCUCGUCGUCCGUCUGCAGGCUGUCUGUCGAGGAUUCCUGCUCAGACAGAAGCUGGAGGCUCGACGGCGUUACCUGAUCACUCACACACCUGCUGUGGUCAUCAUCCAGGCUCACUGGAGGAGAUUUGUCCAGCAGAGGUCGUACAGACGUCGGCUGCAGCUUCUAUACAUGAACUGGAGAGCUGCUGUGAAGAUCCAGUCGUUGGUGAAGAUGUGGUUGGCGAGGAGAAAAUAUCGAGCUCGACUGAGUUUCUUCAGACGUCACGUGGGCGCUGUCAUAAAGAUCCAGGCCUUCUUCAGAGCCAACCGGGCCCGAGAGCAGUACAGGAUGCUGGUGCACUCGGCCAUGCCCCCUCUGUCGGUGGUCAGGAAGUUCGUUCACCUGCUCGACCUUGGCGACGGUGACAUCAAGGAGGAGGCGGAGCUUCUGCGUCAGAGAGAGGAAGUGGUGAGAAGCAUCCGCUUCAACAGACAGCUGGAGGCCGACCUGCACCUGAUGGACCUGAAGAUCGGACUGCUGGUCCGAAACAGAGCCACUCUGCAGGAAGUGGUGUCUCAUUGUAAGAAACUGACAAAGAAGAACAAGGAGCAGCUGUCAGACAUGAUGGAUGUGGAGAGGAGUAAAGGACUAAAGGCUCUGAGCAGAGAGAGGAGAGAGAGACUGGAGGCCUACCAACACCUGUUCUACCUGCUGCAGCCCAACGUGUGGAAUAUUGACAACAAUGGCGGAAGUAAAAAGUCUGACGCGGAGCAGCAAUUUACCACCUGCAAGACCUACAGUAGUUUGUGGAGGUGA